CUGAAUGGUACGUACACGAUUAUUUUUAAUGGGCAGCUUUGCAAAUUUAACAUAAGCUGUCGAAAUCAAAUUACUUGUGGAGCGAGAGAAAAUUCCUUGGAAAAUUAUAGUUUGACAAUACACUAUCUCAAAGAGAUCGCAAUUGCGAGUCGGCUAGAAUUUCCUUGCUAAAAAAUCACAGCGAGGUAGCGGAAUUAUAAUGGCAAUGGUUCAAGUCCCGACUGCGAAAGCCAAAACAAAACGGCGGGGCGUCAAUGAAAAUUGCCAAAAGACGACAGCUGAUAUAAUGAAAAGCGCUUCGAGCUUAUUAGGAGCGAUGUCGGUUAAGAGCGCGAAGAGGCACAAGCAGUGGCAGCGAGUGGUGACCAACGACUUCCGCAGCUUCAUGCUCCUCCGAAUGAUCGACGCGGUGUAUCCGGUGGGCGAGGACUUUCAAUAUCGAGCCGUGUUCGACGAGAGGCUGCGGGCCGUGGUGGAAUUUUUCAAGGGGCGCGAGCGCGUCAUCUUCAAAGCCGCCGAGUCGAGGUCGGAGUACCUGCGCUCGCUCGCCGACCAUGUGUCCGACGUUCAGAAGCGGAUCGAGGCGAAAUGCAGCCGACACAUGGAGCAGCACGAAAAGCUUUGUACGCUCACGAGCAUGGUUUUGAACGACUUCGCGGAACGCUAACGUCCUCGUAAUUAGAAUGAAGCUCUUGUAGCAGGCAAACUUUAAGCUUUUCAUGGCGAGCUUAUUUAUUGCGUACCGACUGCAUACACAAGCAACAACUCAAAUAUAUUCGGUGUACAGUCAAGGAAUUCACGUGGCGGACCAUCCUCAAAUUGUCAUUCUAUGCAGCCAAUUAUUUUACUAUAUUUUCGAAAAGAUCUUAUUAGGUAAAAUUUAAUCAUACGGAAUUCACAUUGUAAAGCUACGAUCCCUUUCAAAAGAAAAAUCACGAUUAAAAUGUCAUAAAUCAUGCUUAUACAACCACAAAAAAAAACAGUUCUUUCAAAAUAUCGUACGUUCAAGUCAAGUUGCCGUCUUAUGAUGUAAAAUAGUUUAGUCAAUA